AAACCUGAAAUUCUCGGGAGAUAAAGGAUAAAGAUUUUCAUAACGAAACUUCUAUAGAGUAAAAGGCUGGAACUGGAAUAUGAUUGAGUUGCAGAGAGGAUUUCACCUGUUACUGCUGCAAUACAAGGCGUUGUUCGUGAAGAACAUACUGCUGUCGUGGCGGAACAAGCGCGCAACAUUCAUUCAGCUCUUCUCGUCCUUCUUCUUCAUGUUCCUCAUCUUCUGCAUCCAGAAGGCCGUCCAGUCGCGCUUCUCAUCUUCUACCUCUUUCCAGAACGUCUUCGAUCCCGAGCCGCUCGUAACGCCGCCUAUUCCACCCUGUGAGGACAAAAACUUAGUCAAGUUCCCCUGCUUUGACUUUGUAUGGAGCGGCAAUGGGAGCAGGAGAAUUGGCCAAAUUGUCAGAAGAAUCAUGGACAACAAUCCAGGCCGCCCCAUUCCUUCCAACAAGGUUCAAUCAUUUAGAACUCGGGAUGAAGUGGAUGUAUGGCUUUCCAAUAAUGCUAUGCAUUGCCCUGGAGCUCUUCAUUUAAGUGAAAGAAGUUCCAGUGUAAUUAGUUAUGGUCUACAGACAAAUUCCACUCCAGUGGCCAAACGAGGAAUUUUUGAAGAUCCCACAUUUAAGUUCCAAAUCCCACUUCAACUUGCAGCAGAGCGUGAAAUUGCACGAUCUCUUAUUGGAGAUCCAAACUUCAGCUGGCUUAUCACUUUCAGGGAAUUUGCACAUCCUGCGGUUGAAACUUUCUCUGCUGUUGGUGCAGCUGGACCAACAUUUUUCCUGGCAAUUGCCAUGUUUUCUUUUGUCUUCCAAAUCAGUGCUUUAGUCACAGAGAAGGAAUUAAAACUCCGACAGGCUAUGGCCAUGAUGGGUCUUUAUGACACCUCAUAUUGGUUAUCAUGGCUCACAUGGGAGGGAAUUAUGACUCUUCUAUCAACACUUCUAACACUGUUAUUCGGGAUGAUGUUUCAGUUUGAUUUUUUCUUGAACAACAGUUUUCCAGUUCUAUUCACGCUGUUUUUUCUUUUCCAGUCCAAUAUGAUCGGUCUAGCAUUCUUGUUGUCUGCUUUCAUUACUAAAUCAUCUUCAUCAACAACUGUGGGGUUUUCAACUUUCAUUGUUGGUUCUUUGACUCAGGUUGUGACAGCAUUUGGAUUUCCAUACAGUAACACAUUCCCUGAUAUUUACAGGAUCAUUUGGUCUAUUUUCCCACCAAAUCUUCUCGCUCAAGGUCUUAAGCUGGUUGCUGAUGCAACUGCAACUCCUGAAGAUCCUGGUGUUAGCUGGAAAGGAAGAGCGAAGUGUGCUCCAAAUGAUAAUGAAUGUCUAUUAACCAUGAAUGACAUCUAUAUAUGGCUUGUCUCAACAUUCUUUCUGUGGUUGGUGCUGGCUAUAUACAUGGACAAUAUAAUUCCAAAUUCAUCUGGUGUUAGAAAGUCAAUGCUCUACUUCUUGAAUCCUGGAUACUGGACAGGAAAAGGUGGAGACAAUGUCUCAGAGGGGGGUGUCUGUAGCUGUACUGGUGCAAUUCCUGCUUCAGAAAGUAGUGUUCCAGAUGAUGAGGAUGUACUUGAAGAAGAAAACUUAGUUAAACAGCAAGCAAGACAAGGCCAAGUUGAUUCUCCUGUUGCAGUUCAAAUAUGUGGUCUUGUGAAGAUAUAUCCAGGUUCAAAGAAGAUUAGCUGCUGUAAUUGCAAAAUGAACCCGCCUUAUCAUGCUCUUAAGGGCCUAUGGGUAAACUUUGCCAAAGAUCAGCUAUUUUGUCUUCUAGGGCCCAAUGGGGCUGGAAAAACUACUGCUAUAAAUUGUUUGACUGGCAUAACACCAGUUACUGAUGGAGAUGCAUUAAUAUAUGGAUGCUCAAUCCGCAGCUCAACUGGCAUGUCAAGUAUUCGACAGAUGACAGGUGUUUGUCCACAGUUUGAUAUUCUUUGGGAUGAAUUGUCGGGUCAAGAACAUCUCCAGCUCUUUGCCUCCAUCAAAGGUUUACCCCCUUCCUCUAUAAAAUCGGUUGUACAGACUGCAUUAACUGAGGUUAAACUGACUGAAGCUGCCAGCAUGAGAGCUAGCAGUUACAGUGGAGGAAUGAGGCGACGGCUCAGUCUUGCGAUAGCUCUUAUUGGCGAACCAAAAUUGGUUAUUUUAGAUGAACCAACAACCGGCAUGGAUCCAAUUACAAGACGACACGUCUGGGACAUAAUAGAGGAUGCAAAAAAAGGGCGUGCCAUCAUCUUAACCACCCAUUCUAUGGAAGAAGCUGACAUUUUAAGUGAUCGCAUAGGCAUCAUGGCAAAGGGGAGGCUUCGUUGCAUUGGGACUUCAAUAAGGUUGAAAUCAAAGUUUGGAACUGGUUUUGUUGCUACAAUCAGUUUUUCUGGAGGGACAGCUCCUGAAGAAUCUGAUACUUUUUCUACAGAUAAACAUCAAGCAGUGAAACAGUUCUUCAAAACGCAUUUGGAUGUGGUGCCUAAAGAGGAAAGCAAGUCUCUCCUGACCUUUGUUAUUCCGCAUGACAGGGAGAGCCUUUUGACUGACUUCUUUACUGAACUCAAAGAUCAAGGAUCAGACUUUGGAAUAUCAGAUGUCCAACUAGGGCUCACAACCCUCGAAGAGGUUUUCUUAAACAUUGCUAAACAGGCCGAAAUGGAAAGUGCUGCAGCAGAGGGAAGUUUUGCUACUCUUACAUUGAACUCGGGGUCGUCUCUUCAGAUACCAGUGGGAGCAAGAUAUAUUGGGAUUCCUGGGACAGAAUCUGCCGAUAAUCCCAGAGGCAUUAUGGUAGAAGUGAACUGGGAACAAGAUGAUUCUGGUAGGCUAUGCAUCUCUGGCCACUCAGAGGAGAGGCCAAUACCUCCUCAUGUUGAACUGACAGCUUCUCCAACAACCACUUCUAGUAGGGCCUUGAGACGAGGGAGACAAAUUCGGGGUAUAGUACUUGAUCCUGCACAAAUUAACUGCACAAAUGUGUGUUGAUUGGUUGACUUUAUCAUGCUAAUAAUGUAAUGGAUACUAGGGCAACGGUUUGAGUAAAAAAGAUUGUAAGAGCAACUCUAUUAAGAUCGAGAUGUUAUUAAGAUCGAGAUUGAUAUAAGGUGAAUAAAGUUAGUAAUAAUCUUACUAUGGAUAAUAGGCCUUAUUGCAUCCUCUCCCAGGCCUUAUUUCAGCAAUGUGA